CUCAGUUAGUAUAUUAAGGAUAGCGAAAAGCUUCCAACGAAUCAGUCGAGUUUGAAACUUACACUCAAGUGGAGUUGCGAUUACGAGUUGUUGGCUCGUACUCAAACGUACAGUAGUUGCUUGUGUAGUGUAGUUUCUUUGCUAAGUAGAACAAUGUAAAUGCAUAUAAUUUGCGUGCAUUCGAAAAAAGAUUUUACAUACAUAACGAAACCUUAAUUUAAUUCUUAAUGCUUGUGAAGGCAUUGUAGCAGUAAAUAUACAAACGAAAACGAAGCUUAGCGGUAUACUCGUAUUGUCCACAAGUUAAAUAACAACUGGAACACAUUUUGUUGUAGCAUACUUUUUAGAGCGAUAAACUCCAAUAAUUUAAAAGUUGUUGAGAAAGCAAAGAAAACCAUAAGAAACAAAAGAAUUGACGGAAAGAAGCAACAACAAUCAGUAAAGUAGCACAGGAGAAAGCAAGAACAACUAGUGCGCGCGACAAAGCGUUUGCUGGGAAGGAAGUGACGCGAAAUCAGCGGUGUAUCAAAUACCAAGAUUAAGUGUGCGCCAUUUCGGAAGCACGCAAAGCCUGAUUUUCGACGCUGAUUAGAGGCAGAAACAAAGUGAUUGCCGGAGCAAAGGAACAUUUGGCAUUCCUGGCAGUUAGCGGAGUACAUAAAGCAACAGAAGAAACAGCAAUUGUGGAGAAUCAACCGAAAAUAAUAACGGUCCCGCUGACGUGUGCUGCAAGUGUAGACAGGCAACAUUCGAAAAACAACAAAUCGCAAAAACAAAUACAAAGUGGGUGAUUCGACUGGGAAAAGUACUAAGUUAACUUGGCGCGUGUGAAAAGUUAAAGCAAGUUGCUGCAAGAAGAACAAAAACCAUUUUGUAAAAACCCAAAAAAAUAAAAACAAAAAAGUGAAUAAAAGAACAGAAAACCGUUUGUGUGUGUAAGUGUGUGAAGUGAAGGUUGCAGAAAUAAGCAUCUAGCUUUAACUCCAAACAUUUUGGUGUGCGAAACUGUAUGUGUGUGUACUUUUGCGCCCCUCACGUGUUAGCGUCAAGAUUAAAUUGACAGCGUUACACAUUACACGAAUUCCGACUUAAUUUUGGUGAAAUUUGUUUACCCGCUGUGUGCUAAAAUAAGAGCAGCGCUUUAAAAACAGUAUAAAUAGAGACCAGAGCUUCGCCCGCAGCAGCAUGUCAACGCCACUAGCGUCGCUUUCAAUGAUGUGGCACGAACAGCAUCGAUACCAUCAGCAGCCGCAAAGCAACAUGCGGCGUCCGCGUUCGCCUUUGGCGCGUUACUGGCCGCUGGCCAUUAUUUUGUUGCUGCAAUUGUUGCUCGCCACUGAUAAAGUGGACGCCAUCGAUUUGAGUCGCCUCUACGGACAUAUGGCCAACAACAUACAGAAGCGUAGCGAUGCCUGCCAUCCAUAUGAGCCGUUCAAAUGUCCGGGUGAUGGUAAUUGCAUUUCGAUUCAAUAUUUAUGUGAUGGUGCGCCCGAUUGCUCCGAUGGCUACGACGAGGACAUGCGACUUUGUACGGCAGCUAAACGCCCACCUGUUGAAGAGACCGCUUCUUUCCUACAAAGUCUAAUCGCCUCGCAUGGUCCCAAUUACUUGGAGAAGCUGUUCGGCAGUAAGGCUCGCGACGCACUCGCUCCGUUGGGGGGCGUGGAGAAGGUUGCCAUAGCCCUGAGCGAAUCACAGACGAUUGAAGAUUUUGGCGCCGCAUUGCACUUGAUGAGAUCCGACUUGGAGCACUUACGAUCCGUUUUUAUGGCUGUUGAAAAUGGCGAUCUCGGCAUGUUGAAGUCACUCGGCAUUAAAGAUUCCGAACUUGGCGAUGUGAAGUUCUUUUUGGAGAAAUUAGUCAACACCGGCUUUCUAGACUGAGUGGCGCCAGAUCCCGCUUCUGGAUUUUAUUAUGCACACGCACAACCCAUCAACCCUAAUUUUUACUCGUACUUGGGCACACCUUAUGACAACUACAACUACUAAAUACGAACACGUAUUCGGUCGACGUAGUUGAAAUAGGGAGAUGCCUGAUUUACGAAUAAAAAGCACACACAUACACAAGCAGACAUACACACCAACCACAACAAAUACAAACGCAGAUUCAUUGAUGCAGUGAUAUAACAAAAAUAGCAAAAAACACAUGAAAAAAGCAGUUGGAACAUAAUUCUUUCUCAAAUCUCAAAGUGAAGGAACAAAUUACAGUGAAAUCUUCAAGUUUCUUUCCAUUUUCUAAAACAAUAUUUUUUAUUUUGGAAUAUCGUUUAAUUACCAAAAUUUAAUUUUGACGUGUGUUUGCAAAUUUUUAUACAAAAAAAAAUUAUAGUAAAAACCACAAAAAAAUUGCAAAAAAUUAUAUGAGAACAAAAAAAUCGAUUGUGUUUAAAAAAAAUUAACUGAAAUAAAAUAAAGUUAGAAAGCGUUGCGUAGGUGUAAAAGCGGCGAAGAAGUAGAAAUAAAAUGCGAAAAUUGCAUAGUUCCAAGCAAACGCGAGAAUAUAUAGGUAUAGUGUUAGUAGUUGAGGCGUUUAUGCAGGUAUUGCAUACUUUCGGGGAUUGCAUGAGCAAAUACAAAUUACAACAAACAAAAUAUUGUAACUGGUUUUACUGCUACUAACUACGCUUUGUUUGUAUCCUUACUUUGCGCACUUUUUGCUUUACUCACUAACUAUAACGUUGCUUUCUUUUCGACAUCAAGUCAAUGCGCUAUUUUGAAAACUGAAAUUUUUGAGAAAAGAAUAGUGUACAUUAUAAAUAACAACAACUAACAAAAGUAUGAAAUAGUCAAUGGUUUUCAGUGAUAUCUCAAUGUGUACAUUCCAAUUCAAUCAUAAAAUAAUAAAAUGUGGAAGCAGGAUCGAUAUAAACAAUGAAAAAUCAAAAAUCAAAUGGUGAUUAUAAAAAAACAAAAUGCGAAAAAAUUGAGAAAUUUCUAUGUAAAAAAAAACUAUAUAGCGUAACCAAAAUGCAAUGUGUAUGUUGAAAAGUAGAAGAGUGCAAAACACAGGCAAUGCUGCAAAAAAACUUAUAAAUGAAAUAAGAAAUUUUUGAGAGUUUUCGAAAACUAAGAACAAACAAAAUAAACAAAGUGUGCAACUAAAAAUGCAAAACAAAAUAUAUAUAUAUAAAUAAAGCAACUGUUGUACCAGAAAAAAAAAAUUAUAAAAAAUACAAAAAUUACAACAAAAAAAUAUUGUAAAAAAAAUUUUAAAAAUUCUCUUCAUUCACUUAUGAGCAUGACUAAUGCCGCAGUACAAUUAGUAUGUAUGUAUCUCACAAUGGCUAUCAGUAUAUACCUUCCAGCUAAAGAAAAACAAACACUAACAAAUACGAAAAUAUCUUUCAACUUUUUUUUUUUUAAUUAAUAAACGCAUAGUUGUAAAUUAAAAAAAAAAUUUUUUGUGCAAAAAACCCGCUCUAAGGUAGGGUGGACUAGACAUUAUAAGCCAGUAAAGUAUACUAACUGAAUUUAUGGUCAACUAUAACAUAUCUCAUGUAUCUGCAUGUAUUCAAAAUUAUAAAAAAGUAGUUUUAGAAGAAAAACAUAUUAAAAAAAAACAAAAACAACCCUAGCAAGCCCUGCAGCUAUUUAAAAACCCGGUUUUCGAAAUGAAAGAGUAUUAAAAUAAAGAAAAUAAGUUUACAAAAAAAUAUUUCUUAAUAAAACACACACAUACAUAUCAAAUUUAGUAUAGAAAAUAUAC